AUUACGCUCAACAGAGUCAGUAAUAACCGAUCCGUUGUCUGGUCCACACCAGAUUUAGUAAUAAAUAAUUACUCGGCUUGGAAUAAAUUGUAAUAAGCCCUAAAAUUGUUUUUUGAUUGGAAUAAUACAAAGAAAAUAAGGAUAUUUUUUAUCCGGAAGAAAUACUUGCUGGUAAUUUUUGUUAAUAAAGAAUUUGUGUCCGGUAAAAGAAAAAAAAAAAAAAAGUGUAACUAGAGCUCGAGGUAAUUGACCCUGCGCAACGGUCUCGAGGUCGUUGGGGUUUCCAGGAUCGACCUCAGACAACGGAAAUAAAAGUGGACCAUCCCAAAGGGUUUAUUUUUUAAAAAAAUCGAUUGAAUUUUUGGAGUUUGAAGAAAUAAUUUUAAGGAAAUUUAGAGAGAAGAAAUAAAAAAUUAGUUAAAUUAAUUAAUUAAUUAAUAAUUGACCGAAAGUCCAGGCAUAAAAAAGGAGCGAUUGAGGGCAGCGCCUGGAGCGUUAAGAAAAAGAGGAAGCGGAAGAUUCGCGAGUGGAUCGAGGGUCGUGACUGGUUAGUUACUUGGAAUUUUUCUCAACACCCCCAAAACGGCAACCCGUCGUCGUCUUCGUGGUGGUGUUGCUGGGGCUCCGCCGAGAAAUCGCGUAAGGUAUCGUCGGUACCAUCGUCACCCGCGGGAACAGCUGCUGGGGUGUCACCGGUCUCAGGGACAGGAAUACCCUCGGCGUCGUCUCUGCCAUCAUCACCAUCGCCGUCGUCAGCUUCUGGAGUUUUUUCAAAACGACUGCGCAUCGGGAACCUCGAAAUGGAAGAGAAGUCAUCCGCCCGCUUCUCUGAGUAUCUCUUCGCUAAGAUGGGUGGCCAGGAUGUCUCGGCCUCCCAGGGGCCCCGCAAGGUGACAGCCGAUACUAGGAAGUGGAUCAGGGAAAACAUGCUUCUUCUUGUCACUUUGUCUGGAGUUGUUCUUGGGGUUAUUUUAGGAUUCGGAUUACGGCCCCUAGGACUUAGCGAUGACACGGUUAUGUUAAUUAGUUACCCUGGUGAACUAUUUAUGCGAUUACUCAAGUUGAUGAUCUUACCGCUAGUUAUUGCAAGCUUAAUUUCUGGUUCUGCAAGUUUAAAUGCCAAGAUGAAUGGCAAAAUAGCUGUGAGAACUCUAGUGUAUUUUAUAUUAACCUCUUUGCUAAAUGCAAUUCUUGGCGUUGCACUGGCGUUGUUAAUUCAUCCCGGGAAUUCGGGGAUGAAGGAUUCUAAUGCAAUUUCUACCCAUGCUAGGGCUGUUAAUAUUUUGGAUAGUCUUUUGGAUUUAGGAAGAAAUAUGUUCCCGGACAAUUUAUUCCAAGCGGCGUUUCAACAAGCGCACACUGUUUACGUGCCCAAAAAAUUGCCACUUCAGAACGAGAGCGAUAGAGUUGAAUCGACAAGUGGAAGUGGAGCUGUCGCUAACCCCGACGAAGAGCUAGUGAGAGUUAUUCAGUACAGAAGUGGCACCAACACGCUUGGAAUUGUCUUUUUCUGUUUGGUCUUUGGCACAUUUUUGGGAACGCUCGGCGAGAAAAAGGGACAAGUUGUUAUAGAGUUUUUUAAGGCCGUCUUUGAAGUUAUUAUGCGGAUGGUUUCGACUGUUAUGUGGAUGACACCAAUCGGUAUAACAUCAGUAAUAGCAGGAAAAAUUCUCGGCGUAGAUGAUCUAGCUCUGGUGAUGUCCCAGCUAGCCUGGUUCAUCGUCACCGUGGUCAUCGGUGUCUUCUUUUACCAGCUGGUUAUCAUGCAGCUAAUUUACCUGGCGUUUGUGCGCAAGAACCCCUUUAAGUUCUACGCCGGGCUGGCUCAGGGGACUCUUACUGCGUUCGCCAUGGCAUCAACGGCUGCUGCACUACCUGUGACCUUUCGCCUGAUGACCGACAAACUAAGAGUUGACCCGCGAGUUACGCGAUUUGUCUUGCCGAUUGGCUGUAACAUCAACAUGGACGGCACGGCUUUGUUUGUUGCAAGUGCGAGUAUUUUUAUCGCCCAGAUGAAUGGAAUUUUUCUUGGAUUCGGUGAAAUUGUCACAGUCAUAUUAACAUCUACAGCAGCGAGUGUAUCAUCGGCAUCAGUACCAAGCGCAGCAUUAGUACUAUUGCUUGUCGUGCUAAGUGCGAUCGAUGCGCCUGUGCAAGACGUAUCACUUUUAUUUGCUAUUGACUGGUUUGUAGACCGAGUAAGAACAACAAACAACAUGUUGGGUGACUGCUAUGCUGCUGCUGUGGUUGAACAAUUGUCAAAAAAAGAACUAAUGGCUCUAGAUGCAGCUGCUUAUCAAUCGGAAACUGUUUUGCCAACGACGAUAGCCAAUGGUUGUUUAUCUGCUAACCGAGUACCGGAUCCUGAUACGAUUGUUGUUGAAAUGCAAGAUGAUACCAGGAUAAGCCCCAUCGCCAAUAUUUCCAACCUUCCAGCACAGCUAGCAAGGAAUGUGAUAGAAGAGACUGUCUGACUAAUAAUUCCAAGGCAAUGUGAUUACAAAUAUGACAAUUAUCAGUUUAUAAAGUAAUAAAUAAGGAUGAUUUAAUUUAACGGCAAUUGUAAAUUUAAGUGGACAAAUAAUGAAUGGUCAUUUAUUAUAAUAUUUUAUUCUAAAGUCCACAAAAAAAAUAAACCGCGCCAGUUAACAGACAAAUAACAAACAAACAAAUAACUGACUGGAUUUAAUGUAUUUAAUUAAAAAAAUCCACGAUUUUUUCUAGAGUAGGAUAAACGUUUAAUGUAAUGUGUAUACUUGUAUGAUAAUUAAUAAUUGUAUGUAUAAUUUU